GAGAUGCCUGAGGAUUCAGAUGCCAGAGGGAGGGUCUGGACUCUGGAGGGAGAUGAUGAAAGGAGAGAGAAGGAAGGAGAUAAGUUAGAGAAGGGUGGAGCGGUGGUCGCUCACAGAAGGAACGACGGAAAAUAAGAUUCGAAUGCUCCACUCCUCUACUUGAAACCUAUUUUACAAUAGUCCAAACUCGCCAAAAUCACGAAAUAAAUAUACCCAAUUGAUUCUAGGGUUGAGUACGUUGAGUGAGGAUGAGAAAGAGGGCCGGGACAAACCUUGACAUGGCGGUAGUUGAUGUGUGGAAGCGGGAGGUCGGUGAGCUCUCCACCAGAAACUUUGCACACCGCCUUGGGGCAGCUGAGGAUCUUGUGCUUCGACUUGAUGUUUCUAGGAAGCUGGAGAAGCACAGAGGCUGUGUAAACACAGUAAGUUUCAGUGCAGAUGGCGACAUUCUUGUAUCAGGCUCUGAUGAUAGGCGUGUUAUACUUUGGGAUUGGCAAACUGGGCAAGUAAAGCUCUCAUUCCAUUCAGGUCAUCAUGACAAUGUAUUUCAAGCAAAGAUUAUGCCAUACACUGAUGAACGAAGCAUCGUAACAUGUGCCGCAGAUGGUCAGGUGAGACAUGCACAGAUUUCAGAUUGUGGCCGACUGGAUUCUUCUUUGCUGGCUAAACAUCGAGGAAGAGCUCACAAGUUGGCUAUUGAGCCUGGAAGCCCACAUGUAUUCUAUACAUGCGGUGAAGAUGGAUUAGUUCAGCAUUUUGACCUCAGGACCAGUGCUGUUACAGAACUUUUCACAUGUCAUGCAAUUGAUGAUGGUGGGAGAUCUCACUCAAUCACUGGUCUAAAUGCAAUUGUGAUAGAUCCAAGGAAUCCAAAUUUCUUUGCAGUUGCAGGAUCAGAUGUGUAUGCUCGGCUUUAUGAUAUUCGGAAAUAUAAAUGGGAUGCAUCAACAGAUUUUGAUCAGCCUAUAGAUUACUUUUGCCCUCGACAUUUGAUUGGUCGUGUUCGUGAUUGCAAUCCAAUUGGAAUAACAGGAUUGGCCUUCUCAGACCAGAGCGAGCUUCUCAUCUCCUACUAUGAUGAGUUCAUCUACCUUUUCUCAAGAGAUAUGGGAACGGGUUCCGCUUUAUUUUCAAACUCUUCAGUGUCAAUGAACAAUGCAGGUGAAAUGGGGUCUGAGCAUCUAUCAACAGCAUCUCUGUCAGAUAUGCAUGCAAAUGAAAAAGCUGGUCCCCAAGUUUACAAGGGGCACAGAAAUUGUGAUACAGUGAAAGGUGUGAAUUUCAUUGGUCCUAGAUGUGAAUAUGUUGUGAGCGGAUCAGACUGUGGUCGGAUAUUCAUUUGGAAGAAGAAGGGUGGAGAGCUCAUUCGGGUUAUGGAAGCAGAUACACAAAUUGUGAAUUGUAUUGAAUCUCAUCCUCAUACCACUGUGCUCGCAAGCAGUGGAAUUGAUAGUGACAUUAAAAUUUGGACACCAAAAUCCAUGGAGAGAGCUACGCUGCCCGCAAACAUUGAACGGGAACAGGAGGUUCUGAUACAUUGCUUUCUCAUUGGUGAUGACAAUGAUGAUUAUGACGAUGAUGGUGAUAUUUUUGAUGAUGAUGAUGAUGAUGGCAAUGACACUAAUGACGAUGAUGACGGCCACAAUGAUGACGACGACGACGACAAUGAUACUGACGAUGAUGAUGAUGACGAUGGCGUUGAUGAUGAAAUUGUUUUUGAUGAUGACUAUGAUGAUGUUGACUAUGAAUUUGUUGAUGAUGGUGGCGAUGAUGACUUCUACAAUUAUGAUGAUGGUGAUGAUGAUGAUGAUGAUGAUGAUGAUGAUGUUGAUGCGGAUGAAUGAUGAUUGUGUAAAUGAUGAUGAUUAUUUUGCAAUUCUGUGUCCAGUUGAAGUGCAAGGCAAGGCGAUUGAUUACCCACAUUUCGCCUGAGGAAAUGAUGUGGCAAUUGUUUUCACUGCAAAGGCGGAGGACAAGCCGGGAGCGCAUUGGGGGAAACUUGCCUGGAGGUCGAGAACUGCUGGAGCUCUUAUUGACUUUUAAUGCUAAUUCUGAUUCAGAUGGCUCUUCAGGUGAUGAGGGGGAUUCCUCUGCCAGUGCGGAGGAUUUGUUUGGUUAAAAUAUGUUGCGGAGCCUUUCCAUGUGAUUGACGAUGGAAAUUGUACAUAGUAUGUCUAAGCGUGUGAAGUCUUUAGCCUCUUGUUUUGUGAUCACUGAAUAAAAGAAUGAAAUGAAAUAAAUUAAUCUUUAUAA